ACAUCAUCGCUUCCCCCUGAGCCUAGAAGAACUACUCAAACCACCAGACCCACAGCCAAAACACACACACAGUCACGGACACACCAAAGUUGAAGAGAUUAAAGAAACAGCACCGAAAAUCCACAGAAACUUUGCACAAAAUAUAAAGAAGAAUCGUAAGGAAAAGAAGGAUAAAAACAGACCAAGUAGAGUACUAGUAGUACACAUUUUUCAGGUGUUGUAUAGGCUUUAAUGCAUCAGAAAAAAUUCGAACUUCAGAUCGGAAAAGACACCAAUAAUGGCCUCUCUUCCGAUUUGAAUAUCACCGUCCCAACUCAUCUUGUUCACCAAUCUCAUCAAUCACAGAGCCAGUCAACUCCUCCACCACUGCCACCAUUACCAUCUGCCACCCAACACUCACCAACCCAACAGAAGCCCAGUCAUCUUCAUAUCAAGAUCCCACCUUUUUCUUCAAAUUUCUCAAAUUACCAUGAACCCAUUUGUCAAAAUUCCUCAAAGAACAAAUCCCUUUUUUCUUCGCCCCAUAAGAGGCCUAUGAUGUCCCAAAGCUCCAGUCUUUCUCGUUCUCCAACUCUUUUUGCUCUUCAUCACAAUGUCAAUCAAGAUGAUGUUCCUGUUCAAGCACCCUUGCCGCUGCAGCCUCACCAUUUUAACAAGAAAUUGGCCGUGUUGAAGUCUGAUUCUUCGAACCACCAAUCUUACCUUUGUUCUCCUUCGUUUCAUGUACUUUUGGCAACAAAAAGAAUCACUCUCCGAUUUAUUCACCAUUCUUGUCAUGCCUCAUGGUUCAGAGUCCACUUAAAGGUUUUUAUCCUGCUUUCCUUGCCUGGUGUUUAUUUUUUCACCUCAACUCAUCACUGGCCUUUCCUGCUUCACUUUCUUUAUCUUCUUGCUUUCUCUGCUUUUAUUGUAGUUUCGCUCAAUUUAGCCCUUCCUAGAUUUCCCUCAGUUAGAUUGUUUCUUGAGAAAACUUUGUGUAUUAAGCUCAAAUCAUUAGCCCCUCCACCAAAGCAUCAUCACAGUCCACCAGUUGUUUGGUCUAUUGGGAGCAAACCUAAAUCUGAAAAGAGGCAGAAUUCAGGGUCUUGGGUGCAGGUGUAUAGCAAUGGGGAUGUUUAUGAGGGGGAGUUUUAUAAGGGGAAAUGCUCUGGAAGUGGGGUUUAUUAUUACCAUUUGAGUGGGAGGUAUGAAGGUGAUUGGGUCGAUGAGAAGUAUGACGGCUAUGGUGUUGAAACAUGGGCAAAAGGGAGUCGGUAUCGCGGGCAGUAUAGGCAGGGAUUGAGACAUGGAGUUGGGUUGUACAGGUCUUAUACAGGCGAUGUGUAUUCUGGGGAGUGGUGUAACGGGCAGUGUCAUGGAUGUGGAUUCCUUACUUGCGAGGAUGGAAGCAGUUAUAUUGGAGAAUUCAAAUGGGGGGUUAAACAUGGGCUUGGCCGUUACCAUUUUAGAAAUGGGGAUACAUAUGCUGGAGAAUAUUUUGCAGACAAGAUGCAUGGUUUUGGGGUCUAUAACUUUGCAAAUGGCCACCGUUAUGAGGGAGCCUGGCACGAGGGAAGAAGGCAAGGUUUUGGUACAUAUACCUUCAGAAAUGGAGAAACACAGUCUGGCCACUGGGAAAAUGGGAUUCUUAAUGCCUCAAGCAUUCAAGGCAUCCUUAAUGGAUCUUCCGUUGCACUUGACAACUCAAAAGUCCUUCAUGCUGUUCAGGAAGCACGAAGAGCUGCAGAAAAGGCAGCUGAGCUGCCAAAUACAGAGGAAAGAGUGAAGAGAGCUGUAGCAGCUGCAAACAAAGCAGCCAACGCAGCAAGAGUUGCCGCUGUGAAAGCUGUCCAAAAUCAGAUGCCCCAGAACAACAACAAUGUCAAUGUUCCAAAACCAGUUUGUGAGUCUCAAUAGCACAGAAACUGUCUAGGGCUGGCUGGAAGUUGCUUUUCCAUCAGAACAGCAAAGGGAAUGCUCAUGUAAUGUGGAUUUUCUUGUUUCUCUUCCCUUCUCGUCAUCAAAUUUUACCUUUCUAAGUUUUGAAUCUGCUAGAGGUGAAGAAACUAUGAAGUAUACCUGCUUGGAACCACCGUCAGUUCAAGCAAAAGACUGAUCGUGGAGCAAGAGGGAUGCUUCACUUACUGAAGUUUUUACCAAAUGUACAUAAUAAGAGCACUCAAUGUGUGGAGCACUGAAGUGCCCUUUUCAGUAAUAGGAUUUUUUUUUUGGUCCACUUACUGUAAAUGUAAUUACAUGUAUGUGCAGGAACCCCAGUGUGUUGGGGAUUUAGAUGGUUUUUCAGAGCUUGUCUGAUGUCUGUAAAAGAAAUGCUCAGUGUUACACAAUGUAGCACUGCCUUUGUGAAUGCAGUAUUUACGCUUUUGCUUGUUAAUGCAAAUUGAUCACUAACA